GUCAGGCUUGGCCCCCGCCGAGUCCACCUCGCUCGACCCGGCACCCCUGCCAUGCAACCGCCCAGAUCCCUGUGCGAGGCCCAUCCGUGACCCGAGGUCCAGCCCGCUUGCAGCUGUUUAACUUGCCGAGCAUCUGCACGGGCCGAACCUCGACCUGCAUGCGCUGGUCGCAACAACAACCACGUUCGCCGUCGCGACCCAAGACUUCCAUUGAACCACCUACCUACUGAAUGCAAUCAACACACUAGCACUCUCAUCCUCAGAAAUCCCGCCUGAUCUCCAACACAAGAUGGCCUCCCAACCGCCGCCAUCACGCCCGCCUCCACCGCUCACCUCCUCCCCUUACCCCUUCGCCGCCGCGCCAGACAUCAUCCGCGCCCACCAAAAGGACGCCUACUUCCAAGGCGUGCUGACCAACCAGCUCAGCGACCUCCACCGACGCCUGCGCGGCGCCCGCUCCGCCCACGCCUGGGCCACCGAAACCCGCACCUUCGCCGACGCCCUCUACCUCUGCCUGACCACCCUCAUCGGCAACCGCACGCUCGGCGAAGAAUACUGCGACCUCGUGCAAGUCGAAGCCCCUCCCGCCGCACCCCACCCCGCAUACCACACCUCAGACACCAACACCGACACCACCACCCCCCCAACAACCACCGGCCCACUCCUCCCCUCCCUACCGCUCCGCGCCGGCUACAUCACCACCUCGAUCCUGCUCCCAUACCUCGCCAGCCGCACCCUCCCGCGCCUCCGCACCAUCCUCCGCACGCGCCUACAAUCCCGUCUCGCAACCCUCACCAAACAAGGCCGUGAUGAAGCGCGCGACAAAUCGGGGCGCCCGGGCGCCGAGUACCGCGUGCUGCGGUACCUGCUGGCGCACCUGGGCCCGCUGACCAGCGGCGCCCACGUGCAGGCCGUCGCGCUGGCGGUGUUUUACUUCACGGGCGCGUACUAUUCGCUGUCGAAGCGCGUGUGGGGGCUGCGGUACGUGUUUACGCGGAGGGUGGAGGAUGGGGUGGGUUCCUCGGCUGCGGGCGCGGUGGGGGGCGGGAGGGCUGGGUAUGAGGUGUUGGGGGUGUUGUUGGUGGUGCAGAUGCUUGUGAAGGGGUGGAUGCAUGUGCGGGAGCAGUUGGCGGUUGCGGGGCAGGGGGGGGUUGGUGGUGGUGAGGACGGGGAGGGGGGGUUUAGGGAGAGGGCUGCGUUUGGGCCGGGGGCGGAUGUGGAUGUGUCGAUGGACGAGAAUGCGUUUACGAGUAAUAAUGAGCUGCUUGGGGGUGGUGCGGGUGGAAGUGGUUCGUCGCAGCGGAGUCUGGGGGAGAUUGGCGCGAUGGCCCACACGCCGGUUCCGAGGGCCGGGAGAGCGAGGUAUGAUCUGGGGACGAGCGAGAAGGUCAUGGGGUGGAUCAAGGGGGAACAGCAGAGGAAGUGCACGCUGUGCUUGGAGGAGCUGAAGGACCCGUCCGCGACACAGUGUGGGCAUGUGUUUUGCUGGGCGUGUAUUGGGGACUGGGUGAGGGAGAAGCCCGAGUGUCCGUUGUGUAGGAGGGAGGCGAUGGUGCAACACAUUUUGCCUUUGCGGGUUGCAUAGGGAGAGAUAAUUUAGAGUAGUGUAAUCGUGAACGCAAUGUCGAGGCUGUAUAAACUUCUUGGGAUGAUUCAUGAAUAGACCGGAUAUCAAGUUCGACGAGCAAAUGUAUAUU